GGCGCGCGCCCCCAAUCCAGCGCCUUCCGGCUCCGGCGGCCACGUUGAGUUUGCGUCUCUCGCCGCUCUUCCAGAAGCUGGGUCUCCGUUACCCCAGCGGCGCAGCGCCUAGCGCACGGGGGAGGCGGAAGUCCUCCAGCCGCAGACUGGUUUCCGAGGCCACUCGUUGCAGGCGUCCUCGAAUUCUCUCCGGGUCUCCGGCGUCCACGGAAGAGGCGUCUGUCCGUUCCCCCACCCCCACCCUUCUUCCCCAGCUUGGCGGGGAGGCGGGGCCCCGAAGAGCCGUUACUGCGGGCCGGGGGCGCCGGGCCUUCCUAACCCUGCUCCUGCCUCUGACCUCUGCUUUGCUGCAGGAGGUAGGCACCCGAGGGCCCUCCGCUCCCCCCGCAGCGCCCGUGGCCGCGAUCUCAGUCUGAUCUAGGCAUCAGGCUGGUCUUGGAGGCUCAGACUUUGUAUUCAGCCCUUCCCUCAAUUGGCCCACGGAGGAUCACCUUUCUCCUGGAUCUUUGUAACACCUUCCUCAUUGGUCUUUUCUACCUUUAUACCCUCUCCCUACAGGUCCUGUUUGUGCUACCAAACUUGCCUCUGAUGCUUGCACAUUUUGCCAGGUGAUACCAUCUUUUCCCUAUUUCUUAUCCCAAUUGCAAUCUACACUUAUAUUAAGUAGGAGUCCCUAGGUCUUCUCAACUUUUAUUUUUUUUAAUUCAUUUCUUACCCUUCAGAGAACAAAAAUCCUUCAAAUAACCUUUAAAAAACAUGCUCUGCUUCCUUUAUAAUCUUAUGCCAAGCUAUAGCACCCCCACAGGAAUCCUGUCCUCUCUAGGAAGUUUUUCUUGACUAGAACCUGACAUACUUUUAGAAAUAUAAAAAAAUUCUCAGGACAUUUUGAGUGAUAUUCCAAGUCAUUGUUCCAGCUCCUCCAGAAUUUUCUAACAGAAAUUAGGGUUCAAUUAGAGAAGGAAAAUUCAGCAUUAAAUCUUUGUAGCAGAAAAAAAUAAAGCAUUAUUACUCUCAAUUCCCUUCUUCCUCUCCCUCAAGCCCUAGUCCAAGAAGAUAGCACAUGUUGAAAUGAGAAGCAGCAAGGUAGAAGGUUCUGGAGAGGUCAAAGCUAUAAUCAUAAACUUGGGAAAUUGUUAAAAAAAAAAAAAAAAGCUUCUUUUGGCAAGAAAUAGCAUUUCCUCUCAGGUUCCUUGGCUUUGAGAUUAAUUUUCCAGCCUCACAAAACCUUUUCUUCAAAAUCUUAUACAUUUAUUGAAAAGCUUAUACAUUUUGCAUUGCCCCACUGCAUCUCUGGAGUCAAGAGGAGAAAAACAAGGACUUUAAAAUUCUACUAUCUACUUUCUGCAGCCUUAGAAAUUCUGAAUUGCCAAGAACUUAGGAAAUAAAUAAUAUCAGGAUCACAUCUCUUGGUUCUAUAAAAUAUACAGUUAAAAUGUCUGGAAAGCGUAAACGUGUGGUGUUGACCAUUAAAGAUAAACUUGACAUUAUAAAGAAACUUGAAGAAGGUAGCUCUUUCAAACGACUUUCAGUUGUUUAUGGGAUUGGUGAAUCAACUGUUCGAGAUAUAAAAAAGAACAAAGAGAGAAUUAUAACUUAUGCAAAUAGUUCAGAUCCAACAAGUGGUGUAUCCAAACGCAAGUCUAUGAAGUCAUCAACAUAUGAGGAACUUGAUAGGGUUAUGAUAGAAUGGUUCAACCAGCAAAGAAAUGAGGGAAUUCCGGUAUCUGGAACAAUUUGUGCAAAGCAAGCAAAAUUCUUCUUUGAUGCUUUGGGAAUGGAAGGCGAUUUUAAUGCAUCAUCUGGUUGGCUAACCCGUUUUAAACAGAGGCAUGGGAUUCCAAAGGUUGCUGGUCAAGGCACGAAGUUAAGUGGGGAUGAAACAGCUGCCAGUGAAUUUUGCUGCAGCUUCAGGGAAUUUAUUGAAAAAGAGAAUCUUCAACCAGAGCAGAUAUAUUGUGCUGAUCAGACUGGAUUAUUUUGGAAGUGUCUGCCAUCAAGGACAUUAGCUUUUGAAACAGAGCAUAGUACUUCUGGGUACAGAUCAAGCAGAGAAAGAAUCAUUAUCAUGUGUUGUGCUAAUGCCACUGGUUUACACAAACUUAACCUUUGUGUAGUAGGGAAAGCAAAGAAACCCCGUUCAUUUAAAGGAACUGAACCUUCCAACCUCCCUGUCUCUUACUUCAGUCAAAAAGGUGCAUGGAUAGAACAUCCCGUUUUCAGGCAAUGGUUUGACAAAAAUUUUGUGCCACAGGUACGAAAGAAUUUAAAAUCCAAAGGGUUGCUGGAAAAAGCAGUAUUGCUUUUGGAUUUUCCACCAGCUCAUCCAGAUGAAGAAAUCUUAAGUUCAGAUGAUGGCAAAAUAUUUGUGAAAUAUUUGCCCCCUAAUGUGACAGCUUUAAUUCAACCUAUGAGCCAAGGAAUUUUAGCCACCUUGAAGAGGUAUUACCGAGCAGGACUUCUUCAGAAGUACAUGGAUGAAGGUAUUGAUCUUAAAAUGUUUUGGAAGAACUUAACUGUGUUAGAUGCUAUUUAUGAAGUGUCAAGGGCAUGGAAUAUGAUAAAAUCAGUAACCAUUACAAGAGCAUGGAAUAAACUUUUCCCUGGUAGUGAGGAAAACAUAGGUUUGAACUUUGAUGAGGGAGCUAUUUUAGCAGCUAACUUAGCCACCGUUUUACAGCAUACAGAAGGCUGUGAAAAUGUUGAAAUUGAAAACAUUGAAGACUGGUUUGAAGCUGAAAAUACUGAACCAAGUUAUGAUGUAUUAACAGAUAGUGAAGGAACACAAGGCCAGGUAGACCAAGCUGAUCACUCAAGUAAAAAUGAGGAAGUAGAGGAAACCGAACUUAUUUCACAAAGGCAUAUUAGCCAUAAAUCUGCUCUUGAAUGGACUGAGAAUUUAUUGGAUUAUCUGGAACAGCAGGAUGAUAUGCUUCUGUCUGACAAACUGGUCUUAAGAAGACUUCGAACUACAAUAAGAAAGAAACAGAAGACCCAGAAUAAUAACAAAAGUCAGUAACAAAUGUUUUUAAGUGUUUGUGACUGUGACUUUUAACUCUCACUGAAGCUUCAUUAUUUUAUUUAAGUGUUGUUAAUUCCAAAGCCAAGUACAUUUUAUAAAUGAAUUUAGGAUUAGCAAUGCCACUGCUUUCUCAACAGUAAAACUGAUAUUUGAAAGUUAACCUGUAGCCUUCCUGUUGUUUCUAAUCUUUAUUGUAUUAAUUAGAUCAUGAGUCUUAUGAGGCCAGUGAUCUUGUGUCUUGUUUUGUACCCAAAUAACAUAGUGUUUAAUACAGAGCCAUCUACUUUUGGCUUCUCAAUAAAUACUAACUGAAUUGUAUAUUCACUGACUUCAACGAAUUUCAGUUUCCAAUUUUAACAUAUAGGGUAAAUUGUUUGUUCCUCUGACUUUUCUUUUUUAGGAAGCUUCAAACUUCACCAAGAUUUUGCUUUAAAAUAUAUUUGCCAUUAUAACAAUUGCAUCAAAAUGCGGGAAGACUGAAAAAGUGGUAUUUAAAAAAUCAGUAAUCCAGCUGUGGUGAUGGUGAAUUGAGAAACAAGAUCAAAAUGUCCCUUUAUUGAAAUUGUUUUUAUCUUUAUCUCUGAGGGGGGAGAGGGAGCUAUUACAUUACCCUAGGAAUCUUCCUUUAUAGAGUUAGUUCUGGAAAAGUGGAAUUGGCAAUAACACAUUAUGGGUAUGAGACUGGUAGGAAAGGAAAAUUUUGUGACAUUUCUUAUCAGUCAGCAUAAGGAUAAAUACAUCAUUCAUAAACUGAUCAUGCUAGCACAACUUUUCUUGUUAUUUCCAGACCUCUAAUUCUUAACAUAUAAGGCAAUUGCUAAUCAAGAGGUUAGGGUAACUUGUGUAGGAAAAACUCAGGAGAAAAUGAUUAACAAUUGACAAAUUUUAAGUCAAGAGAGUUUAUACUUUAACUAGUAAAGAUUAUUAUCAUUCAAUACAAAAUUAUUUUUGAGUUCUAACUGAAAAUGAUUUUGUUAUUAACUUUCUUGUCAAGAAAGUCAACAUGAUUUUACUUGAAAAUUUAUUUCCUGUAUUAGGAAAUUUUAAUAUGUUUAGUGAUACUCACAGUUCAUUAAGCUGCCUAGUUGGUUUUAGUUAUUAAUUUUAAAUUCCCCCAGAAUUCUGGGAAUGUUUGUUGAAACUAGUUUAAAUCAAAUGUAUUGACAUCUUGUUGAGAAGUUAGUAGGGCAGGAGAUUUAGGAUGGGAAAGGAUGCAUUAUAAAGUAUCAGAAAACAGCUUGGAAGCUAGUGGAUAUGAUAAUCAGGGUGGCAAAUUGCACAAUUCAAGUAGGAAGCCAUUUCAUUUUGCAAGUAUCACUGGGCUCCACUUGUACAAAAAAAAAAAAAUAUCAGCUUGCUCUUGUGACUAAAAUUUGCACUUAUUUUAUUGCAUGAUGAAAGCACCAGUGGUACUUAAGUGUUGGGACCAAAAAAAAAUUGCAACUGCUUUGAGUUACAAGCCAUUUCUAUGUAGUCUUUGUUAAAAUACAUGGUAAUUGAGGACAGACAUCAGCUGAAUAAUUAGGCAACAGAAAUCUGAAAGGAAUGAAAGUAAACCUUACAGGAAAGGUACGGUUUAGGAGGAAAGCAAUUUCGAAAAGGUUUAGGAUAUAGAUAUUAAUGUGAAAAGUCCAAAGGGACUAGGUCUCUGUUGUAAGGAUUCUCAAAAAUCAGGCAUGCCUACCUCAUGAUUUUUUCUCUGAUAGUAGUGACAGUAUCUGACAACCUUAUGACUUUAUGCAGAAUUGAAGGACUUUAAUAUAAAAUGUUGCUAAAGUAUUUUCAUUUUGCAAUUUAGUUCAACUGAUUAGUAAUAUUAAAUGAAAAUAGAUAUUUGCAAAAGAAGGAAAGUGUUCUCUUGAUAGAACUUGUUCAUCUCUAAGUUGUUCCCCUCCUUCCCCAAGUUGGGUUGUAAGAAGAUUUAUCUAUUUUCUAAUCUUAUUUUAUUUGUAUACACAAC